CCCUCUCCUUUUCUCUUCCUACUCCUCUCGAUAUUUGCACAUUUUUAUCGCUAUUCGUAUUAGUUUAUAUAUAUAUUUUUAACUGUGUGGAAUAAUUUUUAUGUUCUGCGAUUAAAUUUUAACCAAAUUUUCAAAAAAUGUUGUCUAAAACUGCAGUAGUUGCGGCCGGUGUUUGUGGAACUCUUUUUAUUGGUUAUUGCAUUUAUUUUGAUAGAAAAAGACGAAGUGACCCAAACUUCAAACAAAAUCUUAGGGAUCGACGGGCAAAAGCUCUCCUCAUGAAGGAACAAGCUAAAUUAAACAGUUCUAAGAUUCCUGAACUGAAGGAUUAUGAAUCUGUGCAAAAGUUUUUCAUUCAAGAAGUACAACUUGGGGAAGAACUUUUGGCUCAAGGUGAUAUUGAAAAUGGAAUUGAACAUCUGAGUACUGCUUUGGCUGUAUGUGGAGAGCCACAACACCUAAUUGAAGUUUUACAAGUUCAACUUCCUCCACCAAUCUUUCACAUGCUGAUGCAACGACUGCCUAUAGUUAGCCAGAGAUUGGCUGCUACCAUGGCUUCUCGACGAAUGCAUGAUGAAGAUGUGGAAUAAAAAAAACUGUGUAAAUUAGAACAUGCCUUCUAUUUUUUGUCAUCGCAACAACGCUACAAAUAAUACCAUUGCAUCUGAGUACAUUGUAUAUAUUUAAAAUAAAUAUGUAGAAAUACAA